AUUCACACGCUUUGGAACUAGAACAACUGCUGUUGGAAACCUCCUGGUGAAAUCUCACCCUAUUAAUACCAUGCUGAUGAGCCAAUAGCAGAAGCAUCACACACUAAUCAACAAGCAGGACCAGCUAGCUAGCUCCUCCCACUGCUAUCACCCGGGCCCCGGCCAGCCAUCUCGCUGAAAGAGAAAAGCGCAGCCAUGAAGACUACUAGCUCGGGCAUUGCAGUCGUCCUCCUGGUGGCGAUGCUGGCAGUCCAGUCCGCGGUGGCCGACAUCUCGUGCUCCGACGUGCUCAACGACCUGUCGCCGUGCCUGCCCUUCCUGCAGGGCAAGGCAGCCAAACCCAGCGAGAGCAACAACCAGUGCUGCGACGGCGUGAGGACCCUGUACGCGGCGGCGGACACCAGGCCCGACAGGCAGGCCACGUGCCGGUGCCUCAAGGCGGCCUACGUUCAGGUCCACGCUGUGCUCUCCGCGGCGCAGGAGCUGCCCGGCGACUGCGGCCUCUCGCUGUCCUACAACAUCACCCCCGACAUCGACUGCGACAAGAUCGAAUGAAGGGAUACUGUUCCCUUACCAGAAUCCAUACGACGGGAUGGUGAUGUUCAGUGCCCUGCUAGCAGUAGGCUGCAUCUGCACUGAGUGACUAGAAUAAAGGAUUUGGUGAUGUUUGUGCUGAUUGGUGUGUUCGCCUGUAAUCGUGUGAUGCCGUCGUUGGCUUCUUAUAUCCGUGUCUAAUCUCGCAAGUGCUCGUGUUUGCAACUAUACCAUUUAUAAUGUCAACUUAUCAUGCUUGUCAUUCGAUUCACACUUUUAGCUCCUUUAAUUCACUUUUACGAC